UAAAAAAACAUAUCAAUCUCAUUUAAAAAAUGAAGAUGAUCUUGAUAUCUCCGAAGCGCACCUGGACAAAAAUUAUUAUUGCUAUAUGAUAGCCUCCUUCGUACUGUGAAAUUUUGGUUACACCAAUUUUCUUCUGGAUCACAUAAAUUCGAAGAUAUUUAAGAUGGUAAUAAUUAUUGCCACACCUUAUAUACAAUCAACAUACAAUAAAUGACAUUUUUAUGUGAAUCGUAACUAAAUAUGUUAUAUAUUUUGCCUCAUAAAAAUAACAUUCCGCGUCCUCGCAAAAUCGAUAUUACGGUAAUGACACAGCUUAACGAGAAAAAAAUUGACCAACGAAGCUAUUAUCAAAACUCUGCUCUGUGAAAUACAUUCACAAUGUAUUCCGUUCUUUCGUGUAAAUUGACGUUAUUUAAUUCUUUCUUAAAAGCAAAAAUUGUUCGAAUACUAUAAGUUAUUUUUAAAGAUGUGGCAAAAAUUGAUUGGCAAAAAUUUGUGACAAAUACUUUAAAUGCACAGAAUAAAAUAUACAACAAUACAAUUCAACUGUAGAACUGUGUAAGUAUAAGAUGUGCGUUAUAUAUCGAAAAAUUAGACAUUAGUCAAUAGAAUUGCACUAUUCAAAAUGCUAUUAUAAAAUACAUGCUUACUUAAAUACAAGCACUACAAAUAUUGUGCUUGAAACAUAUAUAAUAUUUUUUAUUAUUUUUAUAUUAAAUUUAUUUAGUUUUAUACUUGAUCACAAUGGAAUCUAAUAUAAAAAAUAAUUUAUAUAGGCAAAAUUAAAUAACAAGGAAAGAAUUGAAAUGAGCGUAAUGAAAUCCACACUUUUAAUCUGCACGAUCGCUGGAUGUUGGCAACCGCCUUCGUGGAAGUUAUCGUUUAAAUAUAUAAUAAUUUAUAGAACUUACGCAAUGUUUCUUACAUCCUUGUUGUAUUUAUUUACGAUAUCUGAAUUUAUGUACAUCAUCUUGAACGCUGAUAGCUCUGAUGACUACACCGAUUCUUUAUACAUGUUGUUAAGCAUAUUUGUUACAGCGUACAAACAAGUUUCUAUGUGGAUAAAUUAUAAACGCAUCAUGGCGAUAAUUAACGUACUUUCUGAAAAACUUUUUGCAUCAUGUGAUUCAUGCGAAGUGACAAUUCAAGAAAAAUUUGAGAAAAUGUCACAGACUAAUACGUCGCGGUAUUUAAACAUCGUGAUGUUAUCCGUCAUAACGAUAUUUUCAAUGUCUAUUUUCACUAAUCUUAUGAAAAGAAAUCUCACGUACAAGGCAUGGAUACCAUUCGAUUAUUCAUCUCCUGCUGUAUUUUAUAUUGUAUAUGCUCAUCAAUUAUUAGCCAUGGUCACCUCUGGUAUAGUUAACAUCGCUUGCGACAGUUUGCUUUGUGGAUUCUUGUUAUAUAUCUGUUGCCAGCUUGAAAUUCUGGAAUAUCGAUUGACAAAAAUGGUAUGUGGCCAAUACAUCCUGCGUGAUUGUAUUAUUUAUCACAAUUAUAUCUUCGAAUACACAUAUGCUGUAAACGUGUUCGCAAGAAUAAUUGCUAUACAGUUUGUUGCGAGUGCGAUAGUAGUCUGUUCAAAUUUGUAUCGAAUAUUUGUCGCAGUCGUUGAAAACGAUUAUAUAACUACUCUAAUAAUAUCAACAUAUACAUUUGCUAUAUUAAUGCAAAUUUUUCUCUACUGCUGGUUUGGAAACAAAGUUAAAUUAAAAAGUCUGCAUUUAGCAAAUAGCAUUUACGAUUUAGAAUGGAGAACACUUACCGUUAGCACCAAGAAAGCUCUUCUAUUAAUUAUGAAUCGCGCUAAAAUUCCCAUUGAAUUCAAAAGCAUCUCCAUAAUUACGAUGAAUCGUGACUCGUAUUUAAAUUUGCUUAAGCUAUCAUACUCAGCUUUCAAUGUGCUGUAUCACACACGAUAACGUGAUCAAUAAAAGGAAGUAUAUAUUGCAAAAAGUAAAUAU